GUAUGGAAGUGUCCUAGGACUAAAAGACAGGAUUUAAGAGAUUCACUUAGAUCCACGGUAGUCCAAAAUGAGCAUUUUGUACAAGUUUGGAAGAUCUCUCUGGUGGGAGGUGAAAAGGAACAUCUGAGAUUAAACAAAUCACACACACAGUCUCAAUGCAGAAUACAAAGGCAAGCCAAGACGGAAGACAGAAAGUUAUUUUGGAGUUCCUUGGCAGGAGCGAGGAGAAUAUCUGAAAUGGAAAAAGUCCAGAGUACAGUAAUCAACAGUGAAAUGAGACAAAAGGAAGGAAAGGGGACGAGUCAGAGUCUGGUGCUGUGUAAACACCCCUUUUAUACACUAUUGCUUUCACUUCUCACUGCUUCCUGGUGAUACCUGAGACACACACUGUGAGGCUGAGGACGAUCAGAUCAAGGAGUGUAACAUAAUGGCUAAUAGAACUGUGGUGCUGAUUCCCCAAACUAAUGCCAGUGUUAUCCAAGCAGGCCAGGGGAUCCUUGGUACUGUUACCCUACCACCAGGGACAGUUCAAUACAUACAAUAUGCAGGUCAGCAGGUUGGAAGCCCCAACAACCAACCUCAAGCAGGGUGGAUGGAGAAACUUGUCAAAGUGGAGGCCAAGACUCUGGGGGCCAUCCAGAUCUUAAUUGGUUUGAUACACAUUGGCUUUGGGAGUGUCUCAGCUGUUCUUUGUACCUGGCUGUUGACUCUUGCUACUCUUGGAGGUUACCCAUUCUGGGGUGGACUAUUUUUCAUUAUUUCUGGAACCUUGUCGGUGUUAGCUGAGAAAUAUGGAACUCCCUGUCAGGUGCGAAGCAGCGUAGGAAUGAAUAUCACAAGUGCUGUAAUGGCAUUAGUUGGCAUCAUUCUUUAUUUGGUAGAGCUGUCUAUAGGUCCUUUUGGUUAUAAUCCAUAUUAUGAUACUGGGGAAAGGUAUUAUUGGGCAAAGGCUAUAAGUACUGGGCUUGCCGUUAUUCUCCUCUUGUUCAGCAUUCUGGAGUUCUGCAUCGCCGUCUCAUUAGCACAUUUUGGGUGCCAGUUAACCUGCUGUUCCAAUGACCCGGCAAUGGUUUAUAUUCCCUACACUGUUGAUACGGCUCCCACUGAAGGCAAUUGUGUUCCUCCUCCUCCUCCUCCAGCUUCUGCUCCUCCUCCAGCUUACAGUACUGUGGAUUCUUUCCCCAAGAAUGAGUGAAGAAUCUAAAGGAGAAGUUGUAUAUGGGAGAUGCUGCUAAAGGAGUGAAAUUAAUACUCAUUUGCUUUUCUGUCUUUUUUGGCACAUAUAUCCAUUUUUAAUAAAAUGUUAUUAGAAUUUAGAAAGAGGAAUGCAAAGAUUAUUAUCAAAUAUCUUUUUAAAAAAAUCAAAACUAAAGUGUUAAUCUUGAUGAAAACACAAACCCAAAGGAAAAGAAGAGGAAAGGGAGGAAAGACGAGACGGGUGGGGGAAAAAUUGAAGGAGAAAAAAUAGAAUUAAGAAAAUAAAGAACUUCUGAUUCUUCGUCUAUCAGCUCUAUAUCAACAUUAUUCAACUCAUCCACUCCAAUAUAACACCUGUCAAAACUACUUUCUCUAAACCAACAUUAUCUUCA